AUGACAGCCUCACAGUCACUAGUCCCAUACAGCGCGCCCACAUCCAUCAUGCUUUCAAGCAGACCCAGCGCAUCCUCACUUAUUCCUGCGGGCUUCUUUACUCGACAGACUGGUACAGCGAUCGCCACUGAGUUGCUCUACCGCAUCCUUUUCGACAUCGUUCAGCGAUUCAUGGCCACUUUCCAGCGCCUCGCCGCCAAGGGCAUGGACCAAUGCUCAUCCUGGCUCGAACGCAAGAUGCAGGAACGUCGCUAUCGACAGGCCAACUCGGAAGACAGACGCCUCGAAAUUGUUCAUGAGGCGAGCAAACUGGCUGCUAGGCAAGGUUUCAUAACGCGCCCAAUGACGGGCGCUGACACCAACGGUGGAGGACCGCCACCACCGAGAUGGGUAAGAGAUGUGCUUGAUGGCAUUGAAGAGGGAAGAAUGGAGGAGAAGGAUUUCUGGAUCCACACUCACACUGGAUAA